AUGAAUUUUAAUAUAAAUUUAAUAUUAAAAAAAAUUUUGUUAAAAAACCAAAAAAAUAAUAUUAAUAAUAUAUAUUUAGAUAACUAUGACAAUAAUAUUUAUACAAAUACUAAAAAUUAUACACCAGAUAUGCGCAUUUAUAAAAAUAAUAUUUUUAAAUUAAUUUGUCCUUUUAGUAAAAAAAUAUUAUAUAAUAAAACAAAGUUAAAAAAACCAUUUUAUAAAAAAAAAAUAGUACAAAAAAUUAUUUUAAAAAUUCACAGAACUUCGUUAACAUUAAAACGUAGUAGAGUUUUUAGAUAUAAAAUUAUAACAUGUGUUGGAACAAAUAGACAAUGGGUCGGAAUAGGAGAAGGUAAAAACAGGUUGUUUAAAAGAUCAUAUUCAAAAUCUGUGAAUACAGCUAAACAAAAUGUGUAUAAUUUAAAUUUUGAAUGUAAUGAUUAUAAACAGCUAAAAUAUAAAGGAUGCACAUUUAAAGCUCUUAAUAUGACAGAAAAUAGAAAAAACCUAAAAAUGUAUGAUAAUUUAAUUAAAGUUUCUGGAUACCAAAAAAUAAAAUUAGUUUCAUACUCGUCAAAAACUUCUAUAAAUGUAUUAAAAUCUAUAUUACAUAAUUUUUAA